AUGGCAUAUUUUGGAGAAAGUCUAGUGGGAAUUGCCUCAGAAUGGUUCAUCGAUCAAGAUAUUUCUAAUUGGCCUACAUGGGAUGACAUGGCAGGAGAUUUUGUUCGACAAUUUCAGUAUAACAUUGAUAUUGUGCCUGAUCGCACUUCUCGCGCCAGUAUAAGAAAAAAUCCUACCGAGAGUUUUAGAGAAUAUGCUAUCAAGUGGAGGGAACAAGAUGCUAGGGUCAAACCGCCGAUGAAGGAGUCGGAAAUGAUUGAUGUUUUCCUCCUGGCACAAGAACCUGAUUACUUCCACUACUUGCUUUCCACAGUGGGAAAGACAUUCGCAGAAGCAAUUAAAGUUGGAGAAAUGGUUGAAAAUGGCAUCAAGUCUGGCAAAAUUGUGAGUCAGGUAGCACUCAAGGCUACCACCCAAGCAAUUCAAAAUGGGUCUGGUGGUUUUGGAAAUCGAAAAAAGAAAGAGGAAGGGUCCAGUGCUGCUCAAAGGGGGACAAACCACCAAAUCUUACGAGGACAAUCCAACUCACCUCAACAUUUUUAUCUGCAUCAGGGUCCCCACUACUCAAUUGCUCCACCCCAAUAUACGGUUUUCAACACCCAGGCAUAUGCCCGACCUCCUCAACGCCAACAAUGGAGGGCGCCUGCUCCACAAUGUUUUCGUCCCCAACAACAAAAUUUUCAAGCACCUUAUAAUCCACGUCCUAAGACUGAUUAUGUAAGAGAACAAAGACAGAGGAAAAAUUUCACCCCAAUUGGUGAAUCAUACACAAGCCUGUUGCGGAAAUUGAUACAAUUGGGUUUGAUUGAACCUAUCAUGUCGUGUAAUGUCAACCCAAAUGCAAGAGGUUUUGACCCCACUGUCAGGUGCGAGUAUCAUUCUAACGCUCAGGGUCAUAGCAAGGAAAAUUGUUUUACUUUGAAGAGAGCCAUUGAGAAGCUAAUUGAUGACAAAGCAAUUGUGAUACAUGACGAAGAGGCUCCGAAUGUCACCAACAACCCACUUCCUGCUCACAACAAUGCUCAUGUUGUUGGGAUGAUCUGUGACGAAAAGGAAUACAAGCAAACAAGCAAAACAGUAAUGGAAAUUGACACCUUAAAAGAAGGGUUGGUUAUGGUGACAAAGUCCGCACAAGAAGCACCGUUGUUUGUAAAAGGUGCAAGUUCUAAUGCAAAUCUCAAAGGUUCGGGAAAGUUGAUAUUGUAUGUCCCUGGAGCCACAAAGAAAAAAGAGACAUUAGUAACUGGACAAAAAUUAUAUGUUCCUAGUGGUUUUCCCAGGUUUGGUCAAAACCAGAAUGGUUUAAGAAAGAUGACAGAACCAAUUGUGAUAAAGCACACGACACAACUUCUGGUGACAAACAUGAAAACUAUCCCAUGGACCUACAACAAAACCACUGUGACUUACAAGGGCAAGGAUAUUGUUGAAGAAAUAGACGAAACCGGUGGCUUAACGCGUUCUGGAAGGUGUUAUGCUCCAGAAGAAUUAAGGAGAGCCAAACAAGCUAGGGAUAGCCAAUUUCUGGUGGAAAAACCCAUCACUGAAGAAGAGGCUGAAGAGUUCAUGAAGAAGAUGAAAGUUCAACAUUACUCUAUUGUUGAUCAGUUGAGAAAAACUCCUGCUCAGAUUUCAUUGCUAUCUUUGCUCAUAUAUUCUAAAGAGCACCGUCAAGCAUUGAUUAGAAUUCUGAAUGAGGCACAUGUUUCAGACAAAACAAAUGUAAGUCACUUGGAAAAGAUGGCCAAUAGAAUAUUUGAGGUGAAUAGAAUCACUUUCACCGAUGAUGAGUUGCCUGUGGAAGGAGCUGGACAUAACAAGGCUUUGCAUUUAACUGUCAAAUGUGAAGAACAUUAUGUGAAAAGAGUCAUGAUUGAUGGAGGCUCGGGUGUGGACAUCUGCCCCCUCUCUACUUUGCAAAGUUUGAAAAUCAGCACAGAUAGAAUUCGUACUAACAAUGUGUGUGUUCGAGCUUUCGAUGGCGCAAAAAGAGACACCAUUGGUGAAAUUGAUCUUACUUUAAAAAUUGGACCUGUUGAUUUUGGGAUCACAUUCCAAGUUAUAGACAUGGACACUUCCUACAACUUGCUUUUAGGAAGGCCAUGGAUCCAUGCAGCCAGAGCGGUGCCAUCUACUUUACACCAAGUGGUCAAGUUUGAAUAUGAGAAACAAGAAAUUACUGUUCAUGGUGAAGAUGAUCUUUCAAUAUAUAGAGACCCUUCUGUCCCAUGUGUCGAGGCCAAGGAAGGUUGUGAAUCCCUCAUAUUUCAGACCUUUGAAAUAGUGGCAGCUGAUCAGUUUAUGGAAGGGAAGCCUAUCCUAGAGCCCCGUCUAUCCUCUACUUCAGUCAUGGUGGCUACACAAAUGCUGCAAAACGGUUAUGAGCCAGGAAAGGGCUUGGGGGUGUCAUUGCAAGGAAUUGUUGACCCUAUCUCUCCAUUUGGUAAUCAAAAUACUUUUAGCUUGGGUUUUAGGCCAACUAAUGCUGACAGGAAAUAG